AUGGAAGAAUCGUCAAUAUCAGUCCAAGAUUCGUUUGACCGAAACAAGAAGGCACUACUGCCGGUUGGAAAAUUGAAUGUCAGAGCUAGUAUCCUGGUCUUGACAUUGCUAUUUAUAGUCUUUUCCCAACAAGUAUGCUGGUAUACAUUCGCUUCCGUUAAUGUCUUCAUCAAACUCACAUCAUCAUCAUCAAUCAAAGCAUCUCGUGUAUGCGGAUGGAACAGUGAUCGCUUCAGAGCUUCAAAAUUUGAAAUUCCUUCCACUGGUAUCGCUACAUACGGAAGCUCCCUAGUGCUGUCAGCGACGCUAUUUCGCCUACUGUGGUACUAUGGUCGUAAACUCUGUCUUGGCAUAUCGCUCUCUGUCUUGCUUGCAGGAACAGUACUAUGCGCUUUCGCUCUCAACAUACCCGACUUUGGUAUGACGUGGUUUGCUAUCGCGAGGGUUAUUCAAGGGUUUGGUGCUGGUGGUGUCCUACGAGUCGCUAUGAACUAUAUUGCCGAUAUGAACAUUCCAACUUGGUUUCAUGUGUACUUUAUCACAACUCCUUGGAUUGUAUCGUUGGUGUUGAGUCCAUUGAUUGGUGGUAUUCUUACUGACAAUGUAACAUGGCGAUUACAGUUCUACGUAUCCGCUGGUCUCAUUCUCAUAGUCGGAAUAACCAGUCUCACAAUGCUGCCAACAAAUCCGAAAGCAAACGCCCAUGAGCGAGAAUGGAGGUUUUAUCUCUUUGACUGGACUGGUCUAAUCAUUCUCGCAUCCUGCAUCUCGGCCUUCCUAAUUGCAUUCCAGUAUGCCGGGCAGACGCUUGACUUUGUAUCUCCGGCGGUCAUUGUGACACUAGUGUGUGUUGUGCUUUUGGGUAGCAUAUUCGCUGUUGUAGAAAUCUCCCACAGUUACGAGCCAAUCGUACCAGUAACAAUGAUGGCACGAUGUCGAAAUUACAAGCUUUGCUGUGGCAUCAUGUUCUUGUUUGGAAUAGUGUUUUCGAGUGCUUUGCACUUGAUCCCGCUAUACCUUCAGUUCAUGAAUAGCUUCUCAGCUACCCAAGCAUCCUUCUAUCUCUGGAUUACCACCGCUCCAUUCGCACUCACUAGUAUAUUAGCUGGAACUGUUUCUCUCCGAUCACGUAAUUUGGCUAGAGGACUCAAGCUCUUGUUUAUACUUCCGGCUCUUGGUGUUGGUCUCAUAUCAGGUACUGGGGCGACGCAGUCCUUGACAGUUUUGGUUGUGGGCAGUGUGAUUUUUGGUACUGGAAUGGGCACCUUCCAGGCAGUUUUGAUGCUCGGCCAUGAUUCCAUUCAACAAGUGUUCAAGUUGGAUGGAAUACAGCAUAUAGAAGUUAUAACACCCAUGCUUCUAGCAAUGUUUUUGGGCUCGUCGCUUGGUCCUUCCGCCAUAGGAUCGUCACUAUUUUCAAACUGGGUCAACAAGAUUGGAAUUGCUGUAGGGUCUAGUACGAAUCUUGCUGCUAUUGCUGCUUACGAUGCCGGCCAAGGAAGUCUGUUCAGCUUCAACACACUCAACUCCUUUGGCCAGACAGCCGCCACAGCCCUCCAAAACACAUUUGCAGCAUCCUUUGCCGUCGCUUUUGGAAUCCUCACUGGCAUCUGCUUCCUGAUGUUUGUGUUAAGUUGUUUCUUGACACAUCUCAGUCAAGCAAAGGAGCCCAAAGACAAGGAGUCUGCUGCUUCGUCAACAGGAGGAGAUUCUAUGGAACGAGCUCCCGAAGUCGUUGCCGUAGGAGAAGAAAAGAAAAUGCAGCUGGAAGCCAUCCCUGACAAUAUAUUCGAGUUUGGGGUGAGGGGAGACCAUGUAUAA